CCAGCAACGAUUUAUCAACGAAACGGGCCUAUUUCGAGAGACACACGAACAAACGGCGAUUUCGCGAUUUAUCGAAAAGUAAUAUCCAAGAUGCGCCUCUUCGUAUUGCUUUUAGCCACCGUGUUGAUCACCUGUCAUGCGUCAUCCGUGAUCGAGAUAUAUCGAAACAACGAAUACGACGAGUACGAGAACAAAGGAGGUCAACUGGUUGGAUUUCUUGAAAAAUUGAAGGAAUAUGUAAAAAAUGGAAACUCCAAGCUUUGUAUUCCCGUUCUCGAUCCUCUUCAAAUCAAGAAUAUGAGUAUCGAAUUGAACGAGAAGGGUUUGAUCUCAUUAAAAGGUAUACUGAAGAACUUACGUUCCAAUGGUUUAUCCGAUUACAAAGUGAAUCAAGGCGAUUUUAUGCUCGCUGGUCUCAAAGUCGACGUCGGCCUUCUUUUCAAUCAAAUUAAUGUUAUGACCGACUACAAUGUAACCGGCACACUCGUCGAUAGUUUUUCCAUCUUCGGUAAUGGAAACAUCCGCGUGGCUAUUAAAGGUCUUAACGUAACGGUAGACUUGAAAUUGGGCGUGAAGAAUAACAAGCUAAACAUUUCGAAACUGACGUUCAAUGUCCAUUUGAAGGAAUUCGAUUGCGCCAUCACCGGAUUAUACAACGACGAGGAGGUGUCCAAGCUUUUGAGCAAAGCUAUUACCGAGGUGUUACCCGGAUUACUCGACGAUUAUCAAACUGAGAUAUCGAAUUACGCGAGUCCGAUUAUUGCCAACACGUUGAACAACAAAUUCCUCAAUAAUCUCUCGUUGAAAGAUUUGAUAGAUAUAAUUAAAGGUUGAUUUUAGGGGCGA